GGGCGACCAGAGACAUUGGUUCAGCUCUAACCAGGAUGUGCAUGAGGCAUCGCAGCAUUGAGGCCAAACUUCGCCAGUUCACCAAUGCUUUGAUGGAGAGUCUGAUCAAUCCUCUCCAGGAUAAGAUUGAGGAUUGGAAGAAGACAGCCACCCAGCUGGAUAAAGAUCACGCCAAAGAGUACAAGAGGUCACGCCACGAGAUCAAGAAGAAGUCAUCUGACACCAUGAAGCUGCAGAAGAAGGCCCGUAAAGAGAUCCAGGGGCGAGUGGACCUGCAGCCCCAGCUGGACAGUGCCAUGCAGGAUGUGACUGACAUGUGUCUGCUGAUGGAGGAGAUGGAGAAGCAGGCAGUCCGCCGCGCCCUGGUGGAGGAGAGGGGGCGCUUUUGCACAUUCAUCGGCUUCCUGCAGCCUGUUGUGAAUGGAGAGAUUGCCAUGCUGGGAGAGAUCACACACCUCCAGGCCAUCAUUGAUGACCUCACUGUGCUGACAACUGAUCCUCACAAACUGCCGCCAGCGAGUGAACAG